AUGGAUAUGAUAGGCGAGGGUGAGACGGAGAUGGAAGAGACUUUCUCGAAUGCGCAGCAAUCGCACACUCGCCCUUUGUAUCGGUUUGAUGCUGGACUGCCGGUCACAGAGUUGUUUAGUGACAGUGACGACGUCAGCAGCGGUGAUGAGUUUGAUGCUAUUGAUCCAAUAGCCGAAGUCGGCGUUAGAAGGACAUAUGGGUCGCCAUCCUGUGGUGAAAGUAGGGGGUUUUUUCUUGUAAAAUUGAAUAAGGACGACAUUAAUGUGAAAUUGUAG